AUGCGCGACGCGUUUCUAACCGCGUGCGGGCAUAGUUUCUGCUACUCGUGCAUCACCACGCAUCUGCAUCACAAGCGGAACUGCCCGUGCUGUUCGCAAUUCCUCACUCUCGACCAGCUAUUCCCGAAUUUCACGCUUAACAAGCUCCUUAAGAAAGCCACCGCGACGCAGAUGGUCUCGACCGCGUCGCCGUCGCAGCACCUGCGGCUGGCGCUGCAGCACGGCGCGGACGUGAGCAUGAGCGUGCGCGAGCUGGACACGCUGCUGGCGCUGCUGGCGGAGAAACGGCGCAAGGCGGAGCAGGAGGAGGCGGAGAUGAACAUGGAUAUCCUCCUCGAUUUUUUACAGCGGUCGCGGCAGAAGAAGCAAGCGGAACUGGACGAGCUCCGCGCGGACCUUCUGUUCAUCCGUGAGGACAGAGCGGCGGUGGAGCAGCGGCGGCGCGCGCUGCAGCAGAUGCGUGAGCAGUCCGCCGCCGCCAUCCACGCGCUGCUCUUCCGCGGAGGCGCGUCUUCCGCGGGCGCGGGGGGAGACGAAACGGGGUUCGGCUCCGGGGGACUGGCGGGCCUGAAGGCGGGCGCGGGGGGAGGGCUAGCGGGGAGCAAGCGGAGAGGGGGGCCCGCACUCGCGCACCACCUGCAGCAGACCGCGCAGAAGAUGCGCAUUCAGGGGGAUGGGCGGGGGAUAGGCGGAGGAGGUGUGGGGACGGUGAAGGAGGAGGCGGAAGGGGAGGGGGGAGGGGAAGGGGGAGGGCUGGUCGCGUGCCGCACUCCCUCAAGACCUUCCUCUCCCCCUCAUCCCCUCUCCUUCCCCCGUGUGCAGUUCGACGACCUACAGGAGUGCUACCUGUACCACCGCCGCCAGGCAGCGCACUUUCUCAGAUCUUGCUCACCCCCUCUCCCCUCACAUAUGCCCUUUCUCUCCUCUCUUCUGCAGUUCGACGACCUGCAGGAGUGCUACCUGCACCACCGCCGCCAGGCAGCGCACUCCGCCAAGCCCGCGGGAGCAGCAGGAGGAGCAUCCGCAGCAUCACAAGCAGCAGCAGCAGCAGCAGCAGCAGAGGCGGGAAGGCGUGGAGACCGGUCAGCAGCAGGAGCAGGAGAGGGCGGGGCGGUAGGGCAGGUGGACCUGGGCAUGGGCCUGGAGGACUUCCGGCAGGUGUUAGCAGCGUUCACGCGGUUCAGCCGUGUCAAGGUGGUGGCGGAGUUGCGGCAGGGGGAUUUGUUCCAUUCCUCCAACAUUGUCUCGAGUAUUGAGUUCGACCGCGACGACGAGUUCUUUGCCACGGCGGGCGUGUCGAGGCGAAUCAAGGUCUUCAACUUCUCGCAGGUGGUGGGAGAGCUCGCAGACGUGCACUGUCCAGUCGUGGAGAUGCCUACUCGCUCAAAACUGAGCUGCCUGUCGUGGAACCCCUACCUCAAGGCGCACAUUGCCAGCAGCGACUACGAGGGCAUUGUGACGGUGUGGGACGUGGGCACGGGGCAGAGUCUACUGGAGUAUGAGGAGCACGAGAAGCGGGCUUGGUCGGUGGACUUUGCGCGCACGGAACCUACCAGACUGGUAUCUGGGAGUGACGAUGGGAAGGUGAAGAUCUGGUGCACGCGGCAGGAGAGCAGCAUCCUCAACAUCGACAUGAAGGCCAACAUCUGCUGUGUCAAGUUCAACCCCGGCUCCGCCAACUUCAUUGCGGUCGGAUCAGCGGACCAUCACAUUCACUAUUACGACAUCAGAGCGCCAGCGCUGCCACUCCACGUGUUCAGCGGGCAUCGCAAGGCCGUGAGCUACGUCAAGUUCCUCUCGCCCUCGCAGCUCGCCUCUGCCUCCACGGACAGCACGCUCCGGCUGUGGGACGUGCACUCCCACGCUGCCAUCCGCACGCUGAGGGGCCACACCAAUGAGAAGAACUUUGUGGGCUUGUCUGUCAACAGUGACUACAUUGCAUGCGGCUCCGAAACGAAUGAAGUGUACAUCUACUAUAAG